AUGACGUCACCCGCGACUGAGACCUCUGCGUGGUCCUGCACCUCGAUCGGGGCGGGCAGCUUCUCCGCCCAGUACAACUCCUACAUCUCUGGCAGCACCAUCGUUGUUACCAACAAUGCGGGAAGCCAGCGGGGGCGAGCAUACUACACGUGGGCGAACACGGGGGGGUUCAGGAUCAGUUUCGACAUGUACCAGGGCGGUGGGACAGGCGCUGACGGUAUGUGCAUGAAGUACGGAGGUUAUGAUUAUGGCGAACAAGGCGAGCUAAUCGCCGGGAAUGGCUUUUCUGUAUGUUUUGACUCCUACGACAACGGCAACGAUCAUGGCGUGGUGAUGGGAUGGAAUGGCGCGAUCAUAUUUUCAGAAACAGGCACGGGAUACUGGAGUCACCAAGUUCCCCUCUUCGAGGAUUCCACUUGGCACAAUGUAGUGGUGCAGGUCACGCCCAGCGGCAGCGGAGCUAAUGUGAUACUGAAUUUUGACAACGGUUACUACUACAAAACUGCGUGGAUCAGUAGCUUCUCAUCGCCAGUUGGUAGCCAACAGGUAGCCUUCACUGCAAGAACUGGUGGUUCUACCAACUGGCACUAUGCCAAGAACGUCCAGGUGUGCAGCGUUGCGACUCCGACCCGACGCCCAGCCCGACGUAUCCUCCAGGUUGGCCGACGCCACAUCCGACGUUUCCCGCGGCGCCCGUGA